UUAUGGUCUCGCGGGCUAGAGGCAAGUUCCUAAGAGCAAACGCGACGUGCGACGUGCGACGUGCGGCGUGCGGCGUCCUUGCUUUGAAAAUGUCGCCCUUGCAAAAAAACCCUCGAAUGUUAAGAUCGGUCGCUCCUGAUCAAGAGCAACACCACCAUGGCCUACACUUACACCCCACAAGGCCAUCCAACGCAACAGCAUCAAGGGCAGCAGCAAGGAUUCACCAGCGAAGGCCAUCCCGUUGCCCCUCCUGCUGCUUAUCCCCAGCCUCCGCCUGGUAGUUACUAUGGACCCGGAGUGGCAACCUUGGCACCCCCGAAUUCUGGCCUCUGGACAACGGGCCUCUGUGGAUGCACCGAGGACUGCCCCUCUUGCUGGUGUGCGUGGUGCUGCCCCUGCGUUCUUGUUGGGCGCAUGGCCAACAUUCUGGAUCAAGGCAUGACCUCUGUCUUCACCGGAGCCGCCAUCUUUUGCAUCGUGCAGUGGUUCACCGGCUGUGGCUGCCUCUACAGCUGCCUGUACCGUGCAAAGCUGCGCCACAAGUACGGACUCCCCGAGGAGCCCUGCAACGACAUCUGCACCGACUGCUGGUGCAACUGCUGCUCCAUUGCCCAGGCUUACAGGGAGCUCAGGAACCGCAACAUCAACCCGGCUCUGGGGUACGAGUUUGCGAGGGCGGUGUACGAGCAGCCACCUCAAGUGCAGGAGAUGCGCAAAAUGUGAGCUACGGAAAUUAGUUUUUAAAAUCUUCAACUUGAAAAUGCUUCUUCGGGGCUUUCCAAGAAUGCCAUGUUGCAUUCGUGAUCGGAAGGAUUUCUUCCUCGUGACAUUGGAAAAUAAUAGAAGCCCAAAUUUCUAAA